AUGUUUUGUUUAUCAAUUAUAACAUUAUUGAUCAGUUUCACAACUGUUAUCAAUGGGGAAUUUACACAAGUUGGAUGUUUCGAUAGAAGUUCUGUCAAAGGUUUAACUAGUAAAGGUUCUUAUAUUUACCAAAGUACAAGUUAUUGUCAAGAGCAAUGUAGUGGUCAUAAAUAUGCUGCAUUAAUAUCAGGAUCUACUUGUUAUUGUGGAGAUACUUCUAUUGAUGAAAGUAACAGUGUUGAUAUCUCCAAUUGUGAUACCCCUUGUCAAGGUUAUGAUUCAACAGAUUGUGGUGGUAAUGGAUAUUAUCUUAUUUUCGAAGAUUCUUCCGUCGAAGUAUCCGAAGCUGCUUCAAGUUCUACCACAAGUUCAAGUUCAUCUUCAUCUACUUCAACUUCAACUUCCACUUCAUCAAGUUCAAGAUCAACUUCGUCCACAGCUUCUUCGACUUCCACUUCGAGCUCCUCAAGUUCCUCCGUUUCAUCAUCACCAAGCUUAACUAGUUCAGACAGUCCUUCAAGUUCAUCUGAAACAUCACCAACAUCAUCAGCCUCAUCUGUUGUUUCAACUGUCACCAAUUCAGGAACUGUCACCACCAUAACUACUACAUCACAACCUUCUGCUACAAGUAGUGAGUCUUCUUCUAAUGACGAUAAUGAUGACAAUAACGAUAAAAAACAGAAGAAGAGUGGAUUAUCCGGUGGUGCUAUAGCUGGUAUUGUAGUUGGAUCGGUUGCAGGUAUCGGUAUAAUUGGUUUAUUAGCUUUCUUGUUCCUUAUUAAGAGAAGAAAUGCUGAUGAUGAAGAAGAUGAUGAUUUCAAUGAAAAAGAUAUUAAUGGAUUUACUUUAGCUGGUCCAUCAAAAAAUUAUGGGAAUGACAUCACCCCAAAUCCUUUUGUCACCAAAAAUUCAACCAUAAAAUCUAAGCAUACAAAGAAUCAAAGCUUCAAUAGCCAUUCUUUCAAUUCAAAUAAUGAAGACUUCAUGUUCUCUAAUCCAAAUAAUGAAGGUCUUCCAUAUCCAAUGGAAGAUUAUGGAAGAAGGAGAUUGAGUGAUGGUUCUUUACCUGAUAUGGUCACAAAAGGUAGUUUAAAAGUUGUUAAUAAUUAA